AUGAGCAGGCUGGGCUGGGCUGGGUGUGCUGAUUGCUCCCUGGACAUCAGGACGGGUGCGGUGUGGCAUCCUUGCGGCACACGGCCCAGUGCACACUUCCCGCUCGGCACAUCUCCGCUCUGCUCCGCUCGGCUCCACCGCGGCGGCGGGCCCCAUAAAUCCACACUCAGAUCCCAGCAGGCGUGGUCGCCUCCGGGCUCCCGGGUGACCCUUGAAGCCGAUGAGGGACCCUGCCGGAGGAAGUUCUGUGGCCGGGGACGCCAGUGCGUGCUGUCGCUGUCGACGGGUCGGGCCGAGUGCGUGUGCCAGGAGAAAUGCCACGCCACGUUUGUGCCCGUGUGCGGCUCCGACGGCCGAUUCUACGAGAACCACUGCGAGGUCUACCGCGCCUCCUGCCUGCAGAAGAAACGAAUUUACGUGGUGCACAGCAAGGACUGCUUCUUCAAAGGUGAAUCGUGCACUAUGACCGAGUACAAUAAGCUGAAGAGCAUGCUGCUGGACAUGCAGUCCAGAGGCCUACAGCAGCAGCAGCAGCAGCAGCAGAGCCACCAGGAGGGGGACAACAAGGACAAGAAGAGCUAUGGGAACGGCAUGGAGCAGAAGAGGGCCCUGGUGGACACCAUGUUCAAAUACUUGGACCUGAACGCUGACGGGCGACUUGGCAGCUCGGAGCUGGCACAGAUAUCCAGCAAGGAGCAUGUGGAGGACAGUCUGCUGGAGUGCUCCAUGCAGGACCUGAUCAGAUAUGAUGACUACAACAACGACAGCCACCUCACGCUCCACGAGUUCUACACCGCCUUCCAGGUCAUUCAGCUCAGUCUUCCGGAGGAUAAGAGAUUAAGCAUCACCACGGUAACCGUGGGCCUGAGCACCGUCCUCUCCUGCGCCAUUCAGGGCACGCUGCGGCCGCCAAUCAUCUGGAAACGGAACGGCAUCAUUCUUAACUUCCUGGAUCUGGAGGAUAUUAAUGACUUUGGCGAUGACGGCUCGCUCUACAUCACCAAGGUGACGACUAUCCACAUGGGGAACUACAGUUGCCAUGCAUACGGCUACGAGGAGCUCAGCCAGACCCAUGUGCUGCAGGUGAAUGUGCCCCCGGUGAUCCUGGUGUACCCUGAGACCCAGGCCCAGGAGCCCGGGGUGGCCGCCAGCCUGUACUGCCACGCCGAGGGCAUCCCCAACCCCAGCAUCAACUGGCUGAAGAACGGCAUGGAGCUGCAGCCCCGGGCCACCAAGCAGCUCGCACUUGUUGCGAAUGGUAGUGAGCUGCACAUCGGGAGCGUGCGCUACGAGGAUACGGGAGCCUACACCUGCAUCGCCAAGAAUGAAGUGGGCGUGGAUGAAGACAUCUCCUCCCUGUUCGUGGAGGACUCCGCUCGAAAGACCCUGGCCAAUAUACUCUGGAGAGAGGAAGGGUUGAGCGUGGGGAAUAUGUUCUACAUCUUCUCUGACGAGGGGAUCACCAUACUGCAGCCGGGAGACUGUGAGAUCCGCAGACGCAUCAAACGCUCAGAGAGGAUCGUGGCCAGCUACGAGGAGAUGUGUCCCAAGAGUGAGGGCAUCUCCCCGCAGCACUGCGUCUGGUCGUCUGCCCUCAGCGUGCGGGACAAGUACGUCUACGUCACGCAGCCUCUGCAGAACCGCCUGCUCAUCAUCGACACCCAGGCCCAGAAAGUCGUACAGGCAGUGGAGACGGAUCCUGUUCCUGUCAAGCUGUACUAUGACAAGUCCCAUGACCAGGUCUGGGUACUCAGCUGGGGAGACCUACAGAAGUCCCAUCCUACACUGCAGGUUAUUUCCCAAGCGAGCGUGGGAGAAACGCACCGUGUCAUCCGGACGCCAUUCCAGAGGGUGGAUGACUUCUUUCUGCCUCCCACCAACCUCAUCAUCACGCACGUCAGGUUCGGGUUCGUCUUCCUGAAGUCCGAGCCGGCCGUCCACAAGAUUGACCUGGAGACCUUCCACCGCGUGAAGAGCAUCAGCCUGAAGAACUACAGCUGCGUGCCCGUCAGCAUGGCCUACACGCACCUGAGCGGCUUCUACUUCAUCCAAUGCCAGGGCCGCAACCAGACCGGACCCGGCGCGGACACCGCCACCGCCACCACGCCGCCGACCUCGGCCCAGCUGCUGGUGGACAGCGUGACCGACACGGUCAUCGGCCGCAACCUGGACGUCACCGGCAAGCCCUACGUCUCCCCGGACGGCCGCUACGUGGUGACGCCGGACGAGCGCAGCGGCAAGAUCCGCGUGCAGACGGUCUCCUUCCGCGGCGAGCUGCGGCUCGGCCGGGAGCUGGACGGCGCCGUGCUGCUGCCCGUGGCCGACCUAGUCUUCCAGCCGUCCUUCGCCCGCUCCGACCGCUACGCCGCCGUGGCCACCUCCGCCUCCGGCACGGGCCUGCUGUUCGCCAACCUGUCCGGCGGCGGCGAUGAGAGCGGGGAAGACGGGGAGGGCGAUGAGGGGGGGAGCGUGGUGCUGGGCGGCCUGAAGGAUCCCCUGCCGGCCCACGCCUGGCCCUGGAGCCGGGCCAACCGCGUGGUGGCCUCCAGCGGCCUGUUCGGACAGUACCUGGUCACGCCGGCGGCCGAGUCCGUCUUCGUGCUGAACGGCAAGCGCAGCAGCCUGCACUGCGAGGUGUCAGACAUCAAGCGGGGCAACACAGUGGUGUGGGUGGGCGAGGUAUGAGGGGUGUGUGAUGCACCAGGCUGGAGAGAAGAAAAAAACACUACUGACAAACUGUUAAUGUGAUGUGACGUACGGAGGACUCAAACUCCCACCAGGACUGAGCAGAAGGGAAGACCACCUCUGUGCGUGUGUGUGUGUGUGUGUGUGUGUGUGUGUG